UUCCAGGAGUUAAAUAGCCUCCGCCAAUGGGGAAUAGCAGGCUGCAGUAGGGGUUCACGGUCAAGGAACCGUUGCCCUAACGGUCGACAGUUGAGGACACCUUCAAACGGGUGUUGAACGUCGAACCCACGAGGGGAGGCAGUGAACUUCGUCAUCUUCGCGAGGCACCAUGCGUGAAUGUAUCUCUAUCCAUGUUGGACAAGCUGGAGUUCAGAUUGGUAAUGCUUGCUGGGAAUUGUAUUGUCUUGAACAUGGAAUCCAGCCAGAUGGUCAGAUGCCCAGUGACAAAACCAUAGGAGGUGGAGAUGAUUCCUUUAACACUUUUUUUAGUGAAACGGGUGCUGGCAAGCAUGUACCUAGAGCUGUUUUUGUGGACCUUGAGCCAACUGUUGUUGAUGAAGUGCGUACAGGUACUUACAGACAGUUAUUUCAUCCUGAGCAACUCAUUACUGGAAAAGAAGAUGCUGCUAACAAUUAUGCUAGAGGCCAUUAUACCAUAGGAAAAGAGAUUGUUGAUCUAGUGCUGGAUCGCAUUCGAAAAUUGGCUGAUCUGUGCACUGGUCUACAGGGUUUCCUUAUUUUCCAUAGUUUUGGUGGAGGCACAGGCUCUGGAUUUGCAUCUUUGCUUAUGGAAAGACUCUCAGUUGACUAUGGGAAAAAAUCCAAACUGGAGUUUGCAAUAUACCCAGCUCCACAAGUAUCUACUGCUGUAGUGGAGCCUUACAAUUCUAUCCUUACUACACAUACCACAUUGGAGCAUUCUGACUGUGCAUUCAUGGUGGAUAAUGAAGCUAUUUAUGAUAUUUGUCGACGCAAUCUUGACAUUGAACGUCCAACUUACACCAACCUCAAUCGUCUCAUUGGUCAAAUUGUAUCCUCUAUCACAGCUUCACUACGUUUUGAUGGUGCUCUGAAUGUAGAUUUGACAGAAUUUCAAACAAAUCUUGUUCCUUACCCACGAAUCCAUUUCCCGUUGGCAACAUAUGCUCCUGUCAUCUCAGCUGAAAAGGCAUACCACGAGCAGUUGUCAGUGGCUGAAAUUACUAAUGCUUGUUUUGAGCCCGCUAAUCAGAUGGUAAAAUGUGAUCCUCGCCAUGGUAAAUAUAUGGCAUGUUGUAUGCUGUACAGAGGUGAUGUUGUGCCAAAAGAUGUCAAUGCAGCCAUUGCAACAAUCAAGACGAAACGUACUAUACAGUUUGUGGAUUGGUGUCCAACUGGGUUCAAGGUGGGCAUCAACUACCAGCCACCCACCGUAGUACCAGGAGGAGAUUUGGCCAAGGUACAACGUGCUGUAUGUAUGCUGAGUAACACAACUGCAAUUGCAGAAGCUUGGGCUCGCCUUGAUCAUAAAUUUGAUCUGAUGUAUGCUAAGAGAGCCUUUGUGCAUUGGUAUGUUGGGGAAGGAAUGGAAGAAGGAGAAUUUUCUGAAGCCCGAGAGGAUCUGGCUGCCCUUGAAAAAGAUUAUGAAGAAGUUGGUGUUGAUUCUGUGGAAGCUGAAGCUGAAGAAGGAGAAGAAUAUUAA